GCCGCGCCCGCCCCGCCGCAGCGCGGCCCGUUGCGGACGCGGCCGGGCCGAGCGCGGGCCCUGCGCGCCCAGCGGCGCGGACAUGGCGGGCAGCGGCGCGGCGGCCGCGGCGCCCAGGGACGAGCCCCCCGAGGAGCCCGAGGGCGGCGGGCGGCGCUGGGGAGCGCAGCACGCCGGGGCCCGCGAGCUGGCCGAGCUCUACUCGCCAGGAAAGAGACUACAAGAAUGGAUUUCUGUCAUCUUAUGCUUCUCUCUGAUCUGUUUCAAUUUUUACAAUCUCCUCUUCUAUUUGCGACUGGAACACACGCCCUCGGUUAUCGUUGGGAUAUUUGCAGGAGUUAUUACGGCUGACUUCCUAUCAGGAUUAUUUCACUGGGGAGCGGAUACCUGGGGAUCUGUGGAGCUACCCAUAGUUGGAAAGGCUUUCAUCCGACCCUUUAGGGAACAUCACAUUGACCCCACAGCAAUUACCAGACAUGAUUUCAUAGAGACCAAUGGGGACAACUGCUUCAUGACACUGGUCCCACUAGCAAACAUGGCAUACAAAUUUGUUUCUUUCUCCCCAGAGGCACUGUACGAGACAUGUCCCUGGGAGUGUUACGUCUUCGCGCUCAUCAUCUUCAUCACCAUGACGAACCAGAUCCACAAGUGGUCCCACACGUACUUUGGGCUCCCACGCUGGGUCAUAUUCCUGCAGGACUGGCACAUUAUCCUGCCCAGGAAGCACCACAGGAUCCAUCAUGUGUCUCCACACGAAACCUACUUCUGCAUCACCACUGGUUGGCUGAACUAUCCAUUAGAGAAGAUAAGAUUUUGGAGGUGUUUGGAGAACAUCAUCCAAGGACUUACUGGGGAGAAGCCAAGAGCAGAUGACAUGAAAUGGGCUCAGAAAAUCAAAUAACUUUUGCCAGCCUUCUGCAAUCCUUAACUUGUUGCCAAUGUUGUUUUUAAAAGAAAAAAAAAAAAUAAAGCCAUCAGCCAAAUUCAAGACCUGCAAAGAAAUAACAGACUCUAAAGCACAAACUAAAAAGUGCUAACACAGACUGCAAUGAAAAGAACUAAUUCUUAAAACAAUACUUGAAAUGAAGAUGAUUACUCUCACUGAGCACCUUUUUGUUUAGCCAUGUCUGCUUACACAUUAGAACGUGCUGUGUCCGUGAGCUGUCGGGCAGCCCGAGGGCAGGACAGUCACUCCAGUGGUACGUGGUGGCGUAGGAAACAUGUGUUGUAUCAACAUUAUUUAACACUUCCAAAAUAGCUUGUUGCCUAAGUCCUAUAGGGAGAGUGGUGACAAGGGUUUGUCACUCUGUGUCCAAGUGCUCUGCAUGAGAGCAGUGUCAGGGCAGGGGGAGCCCAGAAAAUCAUGACUGUUCAAUGCACUUUGUGAUUGAUGAACGUGCAGCUCUGUCUUCACUAUCAUGUUAAAUCCAAUUGAUGUCGUGUGGAACAGACUUUGAGAAUCCUGCUCCUCCAGUGGGCCACGAAUCCUCAAGUGUCUUCAGCUUCCCUUAAAAUAAAAUUGUUCUACUCUCCACGUGGAAUUGAGCAAACCAUUUCUACAUAAGCCUUCAACUUAAGGAGCCUCUGAGGAGGGAGGGCACCCCGUACAACACCUGCUCGUGUGGAGUGCUCACUGCUAUUAAGUGUUUCCUACCCUGACAAUAAAUGUUUAAACUAGUUCUAGCAUUGGGCACACCGCAAAUAGCUGUAUUCAAGAGCUCAAGGUAUCAAACUUGUAAUGUUAGAAGGGAAAUGUCAAUGACUGGUGUUUUGUUCUUUUUUUUUUUUUUUUUUUAAGGUGCUUGCUUGUUUCUGUAAAUAAUAUAAAGCCUUAAUCUCUUCUGGUGUAAUGGAAUAAUAUUUUAAUGUGAUGUUUGAAUGUAUAUAAUAUAUUUAUAACAAAGCAGUUGGAUAAUACUAA